CUUCUUUAUGGAUAUAAACAAGUAUCAUAUUGCAACCACUAUUAACCCUGCUACUGCUGUAACAAAUGCUAUCAAGGGCUAUUUUAUUAAUUCCCUUCAAGAAAAUUUGAUUGUUUCUAAAGGAUCGACUAUUGAAAUCUAUUCCAUCUUGAAUGAAGGCAUCAAACUCUUAACUCAUUUCUCUAUUUAUGGUGUAGUAGAUAGACUCUCUGUCUGUCAUUUACCUGAUCGUGAGACUUGUUCAUUGUUUAUUCUGACAGAUCAAAAAUAUUUUACUAUUGUUACUUAUAGUAGUCGAACAGAAACAAUUGUUACAGAGGGCCAUGGUAUCUUGACAGAAUCACAAGCCAAAAUUACAGAUCAAUCUACAGCAAUUGCUAUGGACACUCGAACUAACACCAUGCUUGUGAGUGCCUUCACAGGCUAUUUGUUUUCUAUUCCAUUAGCUAAAGAACAAAAACUGAAGGCAAAACGAUUUUCACCUGAAUCUAUUCGAACAAACGAAUUUGAUUUCUUAGAUAUGGUAGCAUUAAAAGGCAUUCAGCAAUCUUCUGUUGCUGUCUUGUUGGGAGAAAUCAAUGAACUUAAGACAAUCAAAAUAUUUCGCUAUUCAAGCAAUGAAAUGGUCGAAAAUGAAAAACUGACAAUGCGAGUAGAAGCAACUACACACAUGUUGAUUAGUGUGCCUGAUCCUAUUGGUGGUGUACUUGCUAUAGGCGAAUACAUCUUGUCCUAUCAUGACUUGAGUUCAUCAGGCAGAGAAACUAAAGAACUCAGUAUUGAUCCUGUAAUGAUCACAUCCUAUACAUUUCUCGAAAAUAGUUAUGAUACUUGUAUGCUGGGUGAUUCAGAAGGAUAUCUUUAUUUGUUAACAUUGGAAGUGCAUAAUAUGAAAGUGAUCAAUAUCUCAAGUACAACUAUUGGGCAAAUUCCUAUUCCUAGUUCAAUUGUUGAUUUAGGUCGUGGCUUAUUUUACGCAGGAUCAACAAAGGGAGACUCUUGUGUGUUUCGUUUAAACAAAAGUCAUGCAAGAACCAGUGUGUGCAUCUUACAUACAUUUCAUAACUUGGGUCCUAUUAUUGAUUUUUGUCUGUUUGAUUAUGAUCAACAAGGAAAGCAAACAAUGGUGUGUUGUUCAGGUGUAGACAGAAAUGGAUCAUUGCGUGUUGUUGAAAAUGGUGUUGGAUUUACAGAGCAAUACAGUGUGGAUAUCCCAUUAAUUAAAGAUGUGUGGGCAUUACAUGCUAGUGACAGACAAAAGCAAAAUGCACUGCUUAUUACUACAUUUGACCAAACCGUUUUUUUAAAACAUAUUCAACACACUGAAUUUCGAGAAUAUACCACUUAUGCAUCUCUUGAUUUGCAACAAACCACACUGGCAUCUAUAACGACACAAAAGGGGCAUUUGGUUCAAAUCACACCCACUUUUAUACGAUUGAUGCAACAUGAUGAACAUGGUAGACUGUUGGAUGAAUGGAAACCACCUGUAGGGCAGUUUAUUGCUUUGGCUGAACUGAGUUCAGCACAAUGUGUAGUCUGUUGUGGUUCAAACACACUUGUUUGUUUUGCACUGGACGAUAACUUGUAUCAACAGAGUACUAGGAAGGUGACAGACGACCAUGUUGCUUGUAUCAAACUCAGUUUGGGUAAAGAGAAUGGUAUUGGCAAAGAUUGUGUCAUGAUUGGUACAUGGAAGCAACGUAGAAUACAAGUAUUGAGCCUGCCUCAAUUGGUGCCUUUAUUGGAACACACACUGCAGAAAGAAAUAGGACCUACUGACCUUGUUCUUGUUCAGUUUGAUAAGACAGUAUACCUUUUAGUCCUGUUUGGGGAUGGUCAAUUAUUGAGCUAUGUCUAUAAAAACAAGCUUCUAGAAGAACGACAGACGGUUGUAGGCACUUAUUGUACAAGCAUGCAUGCUUACCAACAUCGAGGAGAAACCAAAGUGUUUAUUACAGGCAGUCGACCCACCAUUGUCACUCAUUUACAUGGUACACUCUAUUUCUCAGCUGUCAACCUGAAAGAUAUGUAUCGCUUUACUUCAUUUAAUGAUCACAUGAUCUUGAUGACACCCACAGGUCUAAUGUUUGGCGAAAUUGACUUGAAUCAAAGACUACAUCAUACUAAAAUUGUACUGGAAAAUGAAAUGCCUAUUCGUAUUCGAUACAUGCCUCAGCUUAAAUUAUUAGCGGUGGGCACCACCAUGAUCUUUAAAAAUUUGAAUAACAAUUUCUUGAUUCGAAAGGGCAAACUCAACAUUCUAGACGCACAAACAUUACAAGUCUUGGAUAGUUACACACUGUCAAAUGAAGAAGUCGUAGAGAGUAUGACAGUAGCUCGAUUCCCUGGUUAUCAACAAGACUUCUUGUUUGUUGGUACAGCUAUUCCCGAUCCAGAUGAUCCAGAAGCAAGUCGUGGCCGUAUUCUUGUGUUUGAUAUUAAGGAAACACAUACCUGUGAAUUGAUUGAAGCGAUUGACAUGUCUGGUGUGAUUUAUGAUAUGCGGUCAUGCCAUGGUUCAAUUGUAGCCUGUGUUAAUGGAUCCAUUUUUUGUCUAAGUAGCUUUCGACCUGACUUACCUUUAGGUGCUCGCGUGAAAUUUGAUUUGAAUAUUCAUCGCAAUGUUCUUGCUUUGUGUCUGGAUGUGCGUGAUGAUCGUGUACUUGUAGGUGAUUUGAUGCGAUCCAUGUCAGUCCUUCAGAUGCUUUCAAAAGACCCACUUCAGCUGGAACUCUUGGCCGUGGACUCAAAGCCAGUUUGGAUGACAGCUGUUAAAUUUGUAAAUGAUCAUGUCUAUAUUGGUGCAGAUGAUCGUAAUAACCUGUUUACACUCAUUCUUGACGAACAAAAGAAACAUAAUGGCAUGGCCAAGUUGGAACUCACCAGUGGAUUCCAUGUAGGCUCUUUGGUCAAUUGUUUCCGACAAGGUACACUAGUGGACAUUACCAAUGAGGAUACACAUACGAUUACACAGUCAAUUGAACCAGCCUUCACAUAUGCUACUGUGCAUGGAUCCAUAGGGGUUGUCAAAACAAUUUCAAAAGAAGCGUUUGAGUUCUUCAAGCAGAUACAGAACAGCAUAUUGAAAGAAAGCCAAAAUAUCGGUAAACUGGAUUAUGUUGCUUUUAGAAGUUAUAGGCCAAAGAUCAAUAGCCAGCAUCAUCAUUUCUUUAAUCAAGAAGAAAGCGAUAUGCCUUCUUAUUAUUUGGAUGGUGACGUGCUCAAGUUAUUCAGUAAUAUGUCUAUAGCAGACAAAACGAAGAUCUUGGCAGAUAAUGGGAUCAAGCUUUCAGUGACAGAAGUAGAAGAGUUAAUUUAUAGUCUAGUAUCUAAAUAAAUGCAAAAUAUUCCAUAUAAACA